CCUUAAAGUUAUUCAGUCAGUGUAUUUCGAGGAGUAAACAGUGAAUGAAUCAGCUUCACAAUUUUUCCAAAAAUUUAAUCAAUUUUUAAAGCAUUUUAAGUCAAAAGUUGGCAGUAAUUUCGUCACAACUACAUUGUUUAGUAUCCAAAAAGUCAUUUAAAGUCAAAGUUAUAUCCAUUUUAGUCCAGUAAAGCAGUAAAAUUUUAGUGAAAAAAAAAUUUUUGAAGCUGGUUCAUCGAAAAAAGUCCAGAAAGAGAGAAAACGCAAUAAGAAGAAGAAAAGAGAGCAAAAAAAAGCAAAAAGAGCAUAAAACGGAAAGGAAAGUCGAUUAUUCAGAAAUUAUUUGGAUGUCAAGCAAACAACAAGCUACAGAUCGUAAUUGUGCUAUAUAUUUUAGCCUGCUUGUUAUAAAUUUGUGAGAAAAAAAAGGAAGUAAUUGAGUGAAUUCAAGGGCAAUUUAAUUAAAGUGAAAAAAAAUAUCGAGCAUCCAAGAAAGUGAAAAAAGAAGAUAAUAAGGAAAAAAUAUCGAUUUAAAAUUCAUAAAAAGCAGUAAAAAGUGGCUAAAUGCAUCAAAUCUCUUUGUUCCAAGUUAAUAGUGAAAAUACUUUAAGUAAAAAUUGUUAAAAAAGUGAAGAAUCCAGCAAAAGAUCCAGUUACAAUUCAAGGCGGAUUACGACAAGUGAAAUUUUCUAAAAUUUUGCUUUAUUCAAGUUCUCAAACAACAAUUAACCAAUAUAUGGAUAUUGUCCUGCUUCGACAGCUCGCUCUUACCUCUAUGGAGUUCAAAUUGGACAGUGCAGAGUAUUGCCAAGCACAACACAAAUAAAAAGUGAAGCGUACGAAUUAACGUGUGUGAAAAUUAGAAAGAAAGAAAAAAAAAGAGUUAAGAGAGACACUUUUUAAAAGAAAGAAGAAGUUUUUUUAAAGAAAAGAAGAAAAAUUUUAAUUUUUUUGAGUUUUUCCGUGGAAUAUCAUUUUUCAUUUGCACAUCAUAUCUCGCUCUUAUGUUUAUCCACAUUUAAUUGAACGGUUAACAACAACAAAAAAAAAAGAAUUGUUCGAAUUCGAAUGAAGAAGCAGUCAAGGAAUCAUCACAUCUAGUAAAUGAAAAGCGGAAGUCAAGUUAUCAAUUAGGAGAAAAAUUGUGUUAUUUAGACUAAAGAAAAGAGAGUUAAUAUCAGAAAAGGAGAAAAGACAUCAACAUAAGUUUAUAAAGAUUUUGUAUUAAAAACAAUUUUUUUAUUUUUCGAAUAUUUGUGCGAGCGGAAGCAGUGAAGACGUGUUAGAAAUAUCUAAACAAUUAUAAUAAUUUUUUUUGUUCUAUUAAUUGCCUACGAUCAACAGUUAUAUUCGAUAAAUAUAUUGAUUGUGCACAUACUUUUGUACACAAACAUUGAAUUGAAUUGAAAUAUAUAUAAACAUUUUUAUUCGUGUCUCAACAUCCAUAAAGUGGUUAUUGUACACACAGAAAUAGAUUUGUAUGAGCCGCUCAAAGUUGUCUGUGACUGAAGCGUAAAGGCACAAGUUAUUAGAUUAACGGAAAAGAAGCUUCCGUAUUUGCGACGACAAAAGAUAUAAUCGUGAGACUGAUAAUUCCAUAUAACAGAGAGAGAGAAGCAGCAUAAAGGAGUUUUAACGAAACCUGACAUACGUUGAGAAGAAACAUUUUGUAUGUAAGACGACAGCCGUGCAUUUGUAAUUCAUAAAGAAAUUCAUUUCAUCUUCAACAAUUCAAAGUUUGGAGUCUCAGAAUUUUAAAAAAAGGCAUCAUAUUAUACAUGUGAAUGAGCUGCAAUCCGCUCAGAUAUUCUUUCAGCGACGAGAAAUAAUUAUCUUCAUUUAUCGAGUGCCAAAAAAAAACUUUUUAAAUUAUUUUUGACUUUUUCAAUUCUCUUUAUAUUAUUUCCGAGUAAUUAUUCAAAUUGGAUUAUUAUCAUCAUAUUCCUAUAUCGUUAUUAAAAUAUUUUAAUUUUAUCAUCCAAAAACACACAACAAACGUGUCUCAGUAUAUCAACAAAGUGAUAAAGAGCUUAAUCAUCACCAUCUCUACGAAAAUAAUAAUAAUAAAUAGCAGUACAUUAACAAAUCACAAGGAAUUCACACAUCUCUAUUACAAUUGUCUCUCGGAAUUAUUUUAAAAUCGAAAAAAGUGAGGCAGGAACGUCAGUGCAUCAAAAAAGCUACAAUUGUGCAACAUUAUAAUUUAAUUUUAAAGAAUUUUGUGUGUGUGAUAAGAAGAAGAUAAAGCAAGUAAGCAGACGAAGACAAAGUUCCCAUCACAAUUAAAGAAUUUUAAAAAUAUAUAAAGACUAUUAGUUUAUUUUAUGAGUGUCAUCAUUCAUCGAGAGCAGUGACAGUUUUCAUCAACAAGACUGCAACUUCUUAUUUUUGUAUUAUCAACAAUUUUUUUGGAGAUUUAUCGGAAGUAGCGGAAGAAGAAAGUUGGCCAUUACAAACGACUUUUAAUUCAUUUUUUUAAAGAAAAAAAGUAUCAUAUAAAUUAAAUAAAUUUUAUUGUAUAAUUGUGGGAUUUUAAUGACAACAAUCAGCAUGAGACAAAAAGAUAUUAGACCAGCACCAGCCCGCAUUGAUUUCAAGGGCAUGAAAUUUCUCAUUACCGAUCGUCCAUCAGAUGCAAACAUGCAGACAUAUUUAAUGGAAUUACAAAAGCAUAAUGUAUCAACGGUGAUUCGUGUUUGCGAGGCGAGCUACAAAAAGGAUGUAUUAGAAAAUGCCGGAAUUGAGGUACGCGAUCUGGCAUAUGAAGAUGGCACAUUUCCACCAUCAAAUAUUGUAGACGAAUGGUUCGAGGUUUUGAGGCAUAAAUAUAAUGAAAAUCCAGAAGCAUGUAUUGCGGUUCACUGCGUUGCUGGUCUAGGCAGAGCUCCUGUUCUUGUGGCUUUAGCACUAAUAGAAUUAGGAUUGAAAUAUGAGGGAGCUGUUGAAUUAAUUCGAGAGAAGCGCAGGGGUGCCAUCAAUGCAAAGCAACUUUCAUAUUUAGAACGAUACCGACCAAAAUCAAGAUUGAAGCAUCGAAAUGGCCACAAAAAUUCAUGCUGUGUGCAAUAAAAUUAUCAAACAGAAAUCCACCAGUUUCAAAGUGUUCAUUUUUCUUCAUAUAAAAAAAUAGAAAUGAAAUGAAAAAAAAAUAAUUAAAACUAAAAAAAAUGCUUUUUUUGGUUCGGAAAUGGAGAAAUGAAAAUUUAAGAGGAUGUUGCGCGCACUAUUGCAACAAGUUGUUUUGUAUCUUCUUACUACUUUAUCAACAUAAACGUUUAUUUCUGGUCUAUGAUUUAUUAUUCUGCAUUGCUCUACAACAACAAUAACAACACAUACACAUAAAUAUAUUUAUUUGAAGACGAAAGCUUAAGCAUCUGAGGAAGUCGGACAUGAUGGAACUUACAUAAAAGGAUUUGUAAUAUUUUUUGUUGCUUUCCAUAGACAAAAUAAUCAUCUUUGAGGAUGUGAUGAUGAGACUACCUAUUUAUAUAAUCAUUAUUUUUUUUAUAUUUUAAUAUCAACGACUGUCGAAAGUACUCGAAGAUUUAUUCUGUUACGCCAUCGUCACAUUAUUCUCUCAAAUAACAACUGCUA